CCUUAUGAAGAUUUGUCGUCGUACUCAAAAUGGCAGCCUCCUAUGGGCUGUAGCUGCUGAUCGAGAUCAUUUCGUGAAACAAUAAUUUUCUUGGUUGUCCUAGAAUUAUUUUUGCUGUGUUCCUGACUGGAUACUGUCAUCAUUGACAUACGAAGGAAAGUACAGACAACUUUUUUCUGCACAGUGUUUCUAAUCACUUCAAGAGCAGACGACAUGGCAGCAGGAAUAAAAGCUAGCCCGGAGGCAGCUAAGAAGCUUCUUGACAGUUUGCAAAAUGAUCUUCGAUUGUUGUCCACAGAAAGCAAGCGAAAACACCCCGAAGUAAAAGAGUCUGCAGAGAUGAUUCAGCUAAAAUUGCGCACUAUCUCUGCUAAGCAUGAGGGCAACGUAAUUGCAGGCUUAGUGCCAGCCAGUUCUGAGAUAGUCCAACCAUUUGUGCUGGGAUGUGAGACUAAAAAUCCCAAGCUGCUCCAAGUCUGUCUCACCUGUGUCCAGAGACUCGUCUCCUAUGAAGCAAUUUCUACAUCUGCAGCAGAACGCAUUAUCAACAUGCUUUGGUCACUCAUGGAGAGCGGCUUGGAAGAGUUGAAGCUUCUUCAGACAGCAAUCUUACUGCUGACCACCAACUCGGUGGUGCAGCAUGAUGCAUUGGCCAAGGCCUUGGUGCUGUGUUUCCGACUGCAUUUUACCAAAGACAGCACGACAAUUAAUACUGCAGCUGCAACCAUUAAACAGCUUGUCAGUGCAAUCCUUGAUCGGGUUGUUGCUGAAGACAAAAUUCCCACCACAGAGCCUUCUGAGCCAUUGAACUUUGAGGAGCUUAAAGCAGGCAGUAAAAGUCCCCCCAAGUCAUUGAGACCUUGUGCUGGAGAUGCGUACCUGCUUUUUCAGGACUUGUGUCAGCUGGUCAAUGCUGACCAGCCAUUCUGGCUGACAGGAAUGACAGAAAUGACCCGCACAUUUGGACUGGAGCUGCUUGAGUCUGUUCUCACAUCAUACCCAGUCAUUUUCUCAUUGCAUCCAGAGUUUAGUUUCUUGCUGAAGGAGAAAGUGUGCCCCCUGGUAAUCAAGUUGUUCUCACCCAGCCUGAAGUAUCGCCAGGGCCUACCCCCACCGCCAUCCCCUGCACCUGUUGAAAAACCCUUCUUUCCAAUUGUCAUGCGUCUUCUUCGCAUUGUUGGCAUUCUGAUCAAAAACUUUUAUUCCUUGCUGAUAACAGAGUGUGAGAUAUUCCUGUCAUUGUUGGUGAAAUUUCUGGAGCCAGAGAAGCCUACAUGGCAACGAUGUUUGGCACUUGAGGUCCUCCACAAACUGUCAGUACAACCUGAACUUCUGAAGUGCUUCUGUCAGUGUUAUGAUAUGAAACAGCAUUCCACCAAGAUCUUCCGUGACAUUGUCAAUGCACUAGGGGCUUUUAUUCAGUCUCAGUUCAUGACUAUUUCAGGUGUUCCAACUGUCCAGUCAGGUUCUAAGAUGCCCGAUACGCAGGGCACUCCUCCAGCACUAGUUGCUGGAAUGCCAGUUGGAGGUGGGGUGAGCCCACAACCUGCAUUUAUGUAUAGAGGAGUUUGGAUUCCUCUUGUAACGACUAUUCCUCAAGGACAGACUCGAGCUGUGUUCCUUGAAAUGCUUGACAAGAUAGAUGCCCCUACCAUCCCCGAAGGCUACGGAGUGACGAUUGCAUUCCACUGUUUGCUGGAACUGGUAUCUAGUGUUCGUAUCCUGGUUCUGGGUGAAAUAGAGGACAAAAGUGCUGGUGGACAAUACAAACCUGCAGCCAAAAUACUGUUGGCAAAAACUGCCACGGCUGACAAAGAGGAAGACAAAUCUGUGGCUUCUACAGGUGAGAAAGAGCUGCAAGAGGAACUAAUCAACUCCUCUUGGUGUGGCAUGUUGGCUGCGCUUUCACUUCUACUAGAUGCCAGCACUGAUGAGAGUGCCACAGAGGCCAUUUUAAAAUCUCAGGAGUCCUAUGCUAUGCUAUGUGGCCAUCUUGGAUUGAAAAUGCCACGAGAUGCCUUCAUUACUGCUUUAUGCAAAGCAUCCCUGCCACCACAUUAUACACUUACCAUUCUCAAUGUGCAGAACAACCAGAAUCCUAAAGGGGUAGCUUUCAAUCGCACGCCUAGCCAGGACUUGCAAGCAGCAACAGAAUCCGUGGAGAGGAGUCAAGUCGUUGCUGUGGGAACAGCACUUCCAACAGCAUCACUUCCAGCUGGGGCUUAUCAAGGACCUGUUAUGUUGACAGCCAAGAACAUUCAGUGUAUGAGAGCUCUUCUUAGCCUGGCACACUGUCACGGGGAUAUUUUAGAUACUGCCUGGCAUCUGGUGCUUACUACUCUUCAACAUUUGGUGUGGAUUUUGGGACUGAAACCUUCCAGUGGAGGAAGUCUGAAAGCUGGUCAGCAGAUCAGCGAUACAUCCAACACUGUCAUCACAACUGCCGUCAUGGCUGAUUUACCAGUCCUGUCAGCCAUGCUGUCACGUCUGUUUGAGAGUUCUCAGUAUAUUGAGGAUGUUGCACUUCACCACCUUACAGAUGCUUUGUGCAAACUUUCCACAGAAUCCAUGGAGCUGGCAUACACUAACAGGGAACCGUCGCUGUUCGCCGUGGCCAAGCUGCUGGAGACAGGGUUAGUCAACCUCGCCCGCUUUGAAGUGCUGUGGCGUCCCGUGACCUCUCACCUGAUGGAGGUAUGUCAACAUCCUCACAGCGGGAUGCGGAGCUGGGGGGCAGAAGCGAUCACCUCCCUUGUGAAGGCCGUCCUCAACUACAAGUUUGACCCCCCGCUACACCAGAACGAGAAGCUGCAGGCUAGUGUCCUGGCACCGCUGCAGGAGCUGUCGGGCAUCCCUCAGUCCGACAUCCGACAGCGGCAGCUGGACUGCGUCAUGCAGAUACUGCACAGCUGCGGCGACACACUGCAGCAGGGGUGGCCUCUCAUCUUGGGAAUCAUCGGGGCUUUGCACAGAGAUCACAAUGAGAAGCUGGUGCAGAUAGCCUUCCAGUGCCUGCAGCUGGUUGUGACGGACUACCUGCCGGCGGUUGGCAGCGCCCACCUGGAGGUCGUAGUGGAGGUAGCCGCACGCUUUGGUCUUCAGACGCAGGACCUCAACGUCAGUCUCACGGCCAUUGGUCUGUUGUGGAACAUCUCGGACAACUUUUUCCAAAAUAGACAGCGCAUUAAGCAAGACCUGGAGUCGAAGACUUGGAAGGCAGGUUCCAGAGGCAGCGAAGAGUUGUCGCCGUUUGACGAACUGUGGCUCUGCCUGUUCCGCCACCUGGGGGAGCUGUGUGUAGACUCGCGGCCCGCCGUCAGGAAGAGCGCAGGACAGACCCUGUUCUCCACCAUCUCAGCCCAUGGGGGCCUUCUCCACCAGAACACCUGGCACACGGUUCUUUGGCAGGUCCUGUUCCCACUUCUGGAGAAUGUGAAGAAGCUGUCGAGUAGCGCUUCCACAACAAGAGACGAGCUGGCGACAGGCAACAUCCUCAUCCACCACUCCAGAGACACCGCGGAGAAGCAAUGGGCGGAGACGAGAGUGCUGUCCCUUGCAGGAGUGGCUCGCACGUUCAACGCCAAGCGCAGGGUACUGCAGCAGCUGGGUGAUUUUCCCAGAGCCUGGUCCUUGCUGCUGGAGUACAUUGAAACCUCCGCGCUCUGUCCAAAUGCCGAGGUCUCGUUGGCAGCACUGAAGAGUUUUCAAGAGAUCUUACAGAUUGGCCGAGAUGCCAAGGACAGAAUUAAUGACGACCUGGACCUGCCACAAACUCUGCUGCAGCCUCCAUCAGCAGAGGAAAUUCAGAGGUCCGGCGAGGCAGGAACCACGCCCAUCCUAGAUGCUGCCCCAGACCUAGCGGACAUUUCGCUGUGGACUGCGGCGUGGAAGGUUUGGGUCAACAUCGGUACCAACGCCACCAUCCCGCCGGAGAAGCCCGAGGCGCGAGGGAGUGGCAAGGUUUACGUUCCCUCCCAAAGCUUCCUCACAGCUCUGCUGCUGACGUUUCCGCCGCUGUUCCAGCACACCAAGGGUCGCUUCGCUGCCACCGACCUGCAGCAGUUCUCGCGCGUGCUGCACGCGGCUCUCUCCGUACCCGUGCAUGGCGACGCCUCGCCUUUCAUCAUCCCGUCGUACCCGGAUGUAACCAUCACCCCGCUGCAGGACGCGUCCUUGCAGGCCAUGGACUGCUUAGUCAAGGCUGUACAUGGAGGGCCACCUUCCCUGCAGGCCAUGUAUCCCGCUUUGUUUGACCAAUUGCUAACCUGCGUGACAUUCGGAGUGCAAGCUCCCAGCUAUGGAACAAUUCAGGCAAAAGCUUUUGGUUCCAUUCGGGGGCCACAGGUUGACUGGGUAACCAUGAACUUCGUGCCGUUCUCCGAGAAGGUUCUGUGGAUGAUAGUGGACCUGUAUUGUGGUGCAUCCAACCACCAAGCAGUAAUCGGCGCGCAUGUCCUGCAGAAUAUCAUCAGGAUGCUACGGCUUCCACUCGGUCUGAAGUAUGAUUGCCCUUCCUCCUCUACCUGGCUGCACGCAGUUAACGCCUUGUUUGCCAUCCUCAGCAGUGGACUGCCUGUAGCCCGCAAACAUGCAUCAGAAUUUAAGGGCAUGUGGUCUGAACUUGCAAGCUUGUUUGAGGACUUCUUAUUUACUAAGCACCCUUCACCACCUACUUUAUCCAUGGAAGAUUUUCAGCGAGAUGAGGGUAUCGACUGUAAGAUUGUACACCUGAUCAGGGACGAUAUUCUGCCUUAUGCAUCAUCUGUGCCAAAUGAUUUUGUGGUGCGUGUAAUUGAUCUCCUCAACAAAGGGUCCAUCCACUCUGCUGUUUCAGACACAUUUGUUGAUACAGAAUCCAUUCGAAAACUACGGGAAGAUUUUGCAAAGACUUGCUUUGAAACUCUCCUGCAGUUUUCUUUUGUGAGCAAGAAAAGUGAAGAGGGAAACAUCACAAGAAUAGCAGUUCUCUCCCUUCUUCAGCGCUGUCAAGAAGUUGUCAAGAAAUAUGUUGAUGACGAAAGACUCUCCGGAAAAUGUCCGCUGCCCAGGCCUCGGCUGGCAGAAAUUGCAUCAGUACUCAAAGCCAUCAGCACUCUGCUGCAGUCGUUGAAGAAAGCACCCCUAAUAACGUGGAGGCAUCAGUUUGGCAACAAGUCAUCCUGCUGUACCCAGCACUUGUGGAGUGCACCACUUCACCCUCGCCACAAGUGACCAGAGCCCUCAAGGAUGCUCUGCACGAGUUCCGUGAUCUCUUGGCACCUCCGAGCUCACACCUUCAGAAUGGCCGAUGAGUGCUGACUGAAUGACCAGCCACCAGCAUUUUGCAGAUAAAACCUGACCUGGAAACUUAUUAUCUUUAUUCACAGACUGAACAACCAUCCUCAUCAUCCCAAAUGGUUACAGGCUUAACCGUGACAUUUAUCAGAUCCUGUAGAAAGCUACACAUUCGGUUUGAUUAAAGAGGCUCAUUCUUUGCUGUUAGUACAUUGGUAUACAAGUGAUCAAGGUGGAUCCAGAAAGUGACAGAAAUCUUGAAAAGUAUGACACUGUUUUUGUAGUUCUACCAAAUAUGAACUUGAUGAAAAAUGAAUCAUCGAAGUUGAAAAUUUUUUUUUAAAUCCUCCCACUCAUGUGAUGAUUACUGCAUUCCUUUAGAGAUCAGUAUUUAUUACACUUGUCAGACCAUUGUGAUUGAUGUAGUAUGCUGUUAGAUUUCUGUACUGGUUGACUGGUUAGCUCUCCAUUCCCCAAAAACUUGUUUGUUAGAUGUACACAUUUAGAUGCUAAGAAAAAAAACAUGGCUUUGUAUUGGAGUGAGAUGGAAAAAUGAUUAUGACAUUUGUUGUGGCAUUACAGUGGAAAGAAAUUCGUUCUGCACAUAUUUGCUUUAUAACCGAUUUAUAAAUUUUUCUGCUGCAUAACAUGCAAGUUUAUAAACUAUUUAAAAAAUGGUGUAUAAAUGGCUGUAAACUGACUUGCUUAAUCUGGUAAUGUAAUUAAGUUAUUUACGAGUUGUUUGACUGCAGUGUUCGACAAAGUCCCCUAGCUGUGUACAUCAAAUCUUUUUAUUCUUGUUAUUCCAACACUUUGGUCAUGACUAGUGCUACGAACUCACAAUAGUAACAACUGUGCAGCAGAUACCCCAGAUCCAGAGCAUUACAAAUAAACAUCAACAUUAGUAUCAGUGAGCAAAUCGGGCACCAGAAUGGAUUGUAAAUAUACUUAAGCGUAUUUCUACAUGCACUUGUCAAGCACUCAUGUAUAUGUAAAUGUGAAAAUGCGCCAGCAGAAUAUGUUGAAAGACCCUUUCCAAUUUAUUUUAUUGUAAAAUUUAAGUCACUGUUUGGAAUGAUUGGAAGAUGCCGUGUUUCCUUUGCCCGUUCCAAAUGUGGACAGAGUGCCUCAGCGCUUUGCUUGUCAUGAUGCAAAAACUAGCAGUUAAUUAAAAAUACAUAUUUGUUUUAAUCUUUCAUUAAUGAAAACAAUGUUACCAAAUGCCUAUGCUUAGUCCAUUGUUGUUAGCUGCACAGUGGCUGGUUUUAUAAAAGGGAAGCUAUAUCGACCUAGUUAGGCAGCUGUGUGUGGUUAGUUCCGUCUUUAUUUUCUGUAAUUGCUCGGGUGUGUUUCCUUAAUUCCAAUGUGGGAGAAGAUCUAUUAGGAGUUACUUAAAUCGUUUGUAUUCUUUGGCUUUUAUGUUGUUGUUUUUCGUUAUCAUUGCUGGAUCAACAUCUGCAUAACAAGAACUGUUAUUACGAUGUUUCUAACUUUUGUUUUCAUCAGCAUGUACCUGUUUAUAAUAUUUCAGCAAUAGGGAUAUACUCGCAUUAAAUAGUAUGAUUCAUGAACCUGCAUUUGGCAUUUGUAAAUGAUCAAACGUUUAUCAAAUAAACAUUAUUGACAUCAUACAGAGGGUACACACCGUUUAACUUUCUAUGAAUUUAAUGCUUAUGUUUACAGUCUGAAAAAAGAAACGUUAAAAAUGCACAUUUAAUACUAGUCCUAUUGUACAACAGGUUUGUGUAAUUUGAAUGAUUAAAUUGCCUGUGACUGUCAAAAACCAAAGCAAUAUAUUACCAACUAAAAAAGCAAUGACACAUCAUACAGUUCUUACUUUCUGUAAAUUUGGCUUAUACAAAUUCGACUUUACCUAAAGAAUUCUGAAAAAAAAUCCGCAUUCCAAAAAAAAGUCCUAAAAAUUCUGUACACACUGCAGACUCUUUUAUAAUGUUUAAUUUAUUUUAUCUUGAUUUUAGUGCAUUUUAUGACUUGACUUAAGGUAUUAGCUGUGUAUACUUGUACUAUACCUACCCAGUUACGUAAUACCAACUUCACAUUAUGUAACUAUUGCUUUCCAUCGGGCUAUGCAGAAUGGUCUACAUUUUGUAAAGUGAGAAUUGUCUGUAUAAACCAGUUUCCUCUGUCAGCUGGAGAGCAAAAUCUAAUCUUAUGUGAAUGUUACUAAAACAGGAAGACUGCCUGCUUAUUGCACAUCAAAAUAUCUUAUAAUUUGGAGAGAAAUUCACUAUCAUGGUUUCCUAAAGACAUAUUAAAUUACCUUAAUAUUUGUUUAACAUUUGACGAAAUGCAAACUAUUUUAGCUUGAGUGGUUUUUCUGCAUAUCGGAUUUCCAGUUUGCCAUCAGAAGUUUGGGGAACAUGAAAAAUUCAUAGAAGUAGCUCCUUCUCUCCCUCAACCCUAAGAAGAUUGAUAACAGGAGUGGAAGACUAGACUUUACAAAACUCCUCCUCUGUUUGACAGCUACACAAACAUCAGAAAAAAAUUUCUGAAACGAAAUCAUUGCAUGGCAUUGAGCGGAAGCUUAAAUAUUUCAUGUUUAAUACCAUCAUUUAAAUUGUAUGAAAUGGUACUGUAUUCAGAUACUGUUACAUUUAACUGUCAAGUGUAACUAUAUGCAAAUGAUUGUCAUAUUAUACAGCAAGCAUGUAAAAUUUUAUAUUCUGUGUACUAAAGAUGCCCUGCUCA